AUCCACAUUUUGUGGGUGGGAUUUAGCUACCGUCCAUCUUUAGUGUACUGUACAGCCAGAUUGACGAAAAGAAAACAAAAAUUGGAAGUAAAGAAGACUGGGGAAUUAGUUUUAGUUUUAAUUGAAAGAGACAAACGAAAAGCCCAAACCCUAGACGGUAUGAGGACAUUGUCGUAGUGAAGCCAUGGCUGACAAGAGAAAACUCCAAGGUGAAAUUGACAGAUGUUUGAAAAAGGUAGCUGAAGGCGUAGAACAGUUUGAAGACAUUUGGCAGAAGCUUCACAAUGCAGCCAAUGCCAACCAAAAGGAAAAAUAUGAGGCAGACCUUAAAAAAGAGAUAAAAAAGUUACAGCGAUUGAGGGAUCAGAUAAAAACAUGGGUGGCAUCAAAUGAGAUCAAAGACAAAAGGCAGCUAGUGGAGAAUCGCAAGGUCAUAGAGACGCAAAUGGAGCGGUUUAAGGUGGUGGAGCGGGAGACAAAGACGAAGGCCUACUCUAAAGAAGGCCUGGGGCUCGCCCUGAAAGUGGACCCAGCUCAGAGGGAGAAAGAAGAGACGGGAAACUGGCUAACGAAUACGAUAGACACUCUAAACAUGCAGGUUGACCAGUUUGAGAGUGAGGUGGAAUCCCUCUUCAUUCAAACCAGAAAGAAGAAAGGAGAAAAAGAGAAACAGGAUCGCAUUGAGGAGCUAAAGAGGUUUAUAGAAAGGCAUAGGUACCACAUACGCAUGCUGGAGACCAUCCUACGCAUGCUAGACAACGACUCGGUGCAGGUGGACUCCAUCCAGAAGAUCAAGGACGACGUGGAGUACUACAUGGAGUCAUCACAGGACCCAGACUUUGAGGAGAACGAGUUCAUUUACGACGACCUGGAUCUGGAGGACAUCCCUGCAGCGCUGGUGGCCACCUCUCCGACGGGCAUGGGGAACAUAGAGGAUGAGAUGUUCCUCCACUCGAGCAGCACUCCCACCUCCACCACCUCCUCUUCCCCCAUCCCUCCAUCACCGGCCACCUGCACUGCUGAGAACUCGGAGGACGAUAAGAGGAGAGGGCGGUCGACAGACAGUGAAGUUAGUCAGUCUCCUGCGAAGAACGGCACUUCCUCCUUGUUGUUGUCCUUUUCCUCGUCCGCCAAUUCCGGGUCGUCCUCUUCUUCCUCCUCUCUUGUCUCUAUGGCCGCCGUUGUCGGAGGCAACCCUGUGGUUCCCACAAGCAACAGUCUAAUAGGAAGCUUCAGCAGCGCCGUGCAACAUCAGCCUCAACCUCCACAGCAACCAAUCCAGCAGCCACAGCAACAACCACAACAACCCCAAACAAAACCUUGCACCCCCAGCCCACCCAACCACCCCCUCCUCUCCGCCUCCCCCUCUCUCCCCACACCCACCACACCCAUCUCAGCCUCCCCAAACUCCCUGCCCCAGGUCUCGUCUGGGCAUAUCCUCACCUCCAGCCUAGGCCUUGGGUUGGGCCUGGGUAAAGUUGGCAUGACGGGGACCAGCAGUGCCAACUCAAUGUCUGGUCUGGGCCUGACUGGCAUGUCUGCCUCUCUGAACACCAUGGCAGGCCUGCUCUCUGGGUCCACCCAUGCCCCUUAUGCCCAGGCAGCCGCGUCGGGAGGCCUGGGUCUGAGUACCACCACCCAGUCCAGUGUCUCAGUGGAGAGCUCCUCCAUCCCCACCUCUUGCUCCAGUGGAGUGACCAUCAACGGGGCUGGGACAGGGCUGGGCCUGCUGGGGUCCAGCCCAGCACACGGCUCCCUGACUGGGGGGAUCCUGGGCCUGGUACCUGGGCAGAGUGUGAUCCCUGGGCCCCCUCAGAUCCCUCUCAGCCCAGUCGGUGCUGCCCCUGGAGGGGCAGUGGGGAUAAUGGGAGGAAAUGGAGGAAGCAUGGGGCCAAUCGGAGGAGGAGUUGGGUCGAAUGCAGCCCCUGCCAGACCGCCCAGUGGACUGAAGCAGAACGGAAGCACAAGUUACAGUGCUGUGGUGGCAGAGAGCACAGCAGAGUCCGCCUUCAGCACACCCAGCCAAUCACAGAGCAGCCAGCCUUCCUCGUUGACCUCCUCAGCCAGUCAGCCUAUGGACAACGGUCCCAGCCUCAUCAGCUCCAUCACCUUGCCCCCCAGCUCUCCGUCCCCCUCGUUUUCGGACAGUAUCCCCGGUGGUGGGAGUCUCCUCAACGGACCCCACUCCUACACACAGGCCUCUGAGGGCCUCAAGCUUCCUACAGACCUCCGUCAGAUACUGAUGGAGACCAGAAUGUCAGCGCAGGCCCCAGAGCCGCCAGGGGCCAUGGCUACAGCCACAAACACACGAAAGAGAAAGCAGUGUCAGGCCCCGGAGCCUCUGAGUUCUCUGAAGGCGAUGGCUGAGAGAGCAGCACUAGGAUCAGGUCUAGAUGGAGAGAUCCCCAACCUGCACCUCACAGACAGAGACAUCUUCUCUGGUUCGUCGGCUGCCCCCGGCACGCCCGCGGCCCCCCAGCCCUCCCUGUCGGAGGUGAGCAUCCCCCCUUCCCUGGUGUGUCCCCUGGGUCCCACUCCCCUCUCCAAGGACCAGGUGUACCAGCAGGCCAUGCAGGAGUCUGCCUGGACACACAUGCCGCACCCCUCAGACUCAGAGAGGAUCAGGCAAUACCUGAUGAGGAACCCGUGCCCCACCCUGCCAUUCCAUCAUCAGAUGCCCCCCCAUCACUCAGACUCUAUAGAGUUCUACCAGAGACUGUCCACGGAGACACUCUUCUUCAUCUUCUACUACCUGGAGGGCACUAAAGCUCAGUACCUGUCAGCAAAGGCUCUGAAGAAGCAGUCGUGGAGGUUCCACACCAAGUACAUGAUGUGGUUCCAGAGGCACGAAGAACCCAAGACCAUCACUGAUGAGUUUGAACAGGGCACUUACAUCUACUUUGACUAUGAGAAGUGGGGCCAGAGAAAGAAGGAGGGGUUCACCUUUGAGUACAGGUACCUGGAAGACCGAGACCUGCAGUGACAGAGGAGCGGAGAAAGAGGGAGAAAAACGUGCUGCUGUUGACAUUCCGAGACUGAACUAACUCCAUGCUGUGGAUAGAGAUUGUGAUGUGUAGUAGAACCCUGCUCCUAAAAUGGAGGAUGGCGUCUGUAUAGGAUGCGUCUCAAAUGGCACCCUACUCCCCACAUAGUGUACUACCUCAGACCAAAUCCCUAGUAGUGGUCUACUGUAUGUAGGGAAUAGAACCCCCUACCUAUAUAGGGCUCUGGCCAGAAGUAGUACACUAUAUGGGGAGUAGGCUGUCAUGACAGAUCUGUGCCUGUCUGUGUGAGCACUCAGAAUGUGGCAUUACAUUAGGAAGCUCCAUGCAUGUUCCCCAUGUUAUGUUUUUCUUUCCGUUUACAACAACAAACUCUGUACCACCCCCAACUGGAGUAUAGAAGCCUUGGACUAAACAACAAGCAAACAAACAUUGGAUUUGGUUACAAGAGAAAAAAGCCCAUCUUGCUUGAAUUUACUGUAAUUAGUGGUUUAGAAUGGAGACAUACAGUGGUCUAGCUAGCCAGCAGACAGGGCAAACUGGGCUCCUUUUAAGAUGUUAUGAUGCCUGUUGAAUACGGUCACUAUUAGGGAUAGUAAGUGAUUAUCAAUAGUUUUAUUGAUGUUGUCUUGGUCGAUAAAACGCUCUGAUUGAGAAUGACCACGUGACCUCUUCCUUUUGACGGGGAUAGAGAGGCCUUAUUGGACAUUGGAUUAAAUUGCUAUGCAAUUGAACUGGUCUCUGCCUCCCUCUCUCUUUACAAAUAAAAUAUUUUAAAGUUUAACUGUAAAAGGAAACGCAUCUUCAUUGGGGCAUUAUGUUUGUGAGAUUAUCUAAUAAAGGAUUUGUACCUGAAAGAAGCA